AUGGUGGCCGGCUUGGGCGUAGGCAAGACCACAGCACGAGACGUGGAUGAGCAACAACGCGACCUUAAGGUCACCAGACGUGGCAGCAAAACUGCAGGCAAUACCGGCAUGAAUCACAUGCUCGGCUACAACGGUAUUGUUAGCGGUCCAGGAGAAUGUCACAGUCUUCAGAAUUCUCCCUUUUACAACCAUAAUCCACUACAACGACAACUCGGUGGUAUUUCAUCUGCAUCGGUUGGCGGUAUGCUUCCCAGCGGUGUGAACCCCCUUGGCCUCGGUUCAAGAGGUGGCCUAUACACUCCUGACAACGGUGCAUUUCCCCUGAGCAAUCUGCGUCCAGUGAAUGCGUCAUCUGUAUGUCCGCAGCGAGAAUUGUUCCCCGCUUCGCCAAUGUCCAAUCAAACCGGUGCUAACGGACAGAGCAUAUUUGGAGCAGGCCUUUUGAUGCAAGACCGGUUGCGUUGGUACGAGCUGGCUCAGAAGCAAGGCUUCAUUGUUGGUCCUGAGUUGGAGCGUGUUAAAGAGAAUUCAUGUCGUUCAACGAGCCAAUCAUAUGGCCGUAUUGCUGCGCAUUUCCGGAACCGUUAUGGAGAGACCGAAGCCAAAACGAAAGCAGCUUAUCUUCAAAUCGGUGUUCGUGUUCCAAGCAAAGAUCACGUGUCAGAAAUUGUUGGCAAAGGUGGUAAGUAUUUUGCUUAA